AUGGCACCUUCCAAAGAUUUCGAUCUAGCGAAAGCCAUCCAAUCAGAGCUCACCUGCAUCUUUCCAAGGCCCUUGAAACAACAUGUCACCACUAUCAUGACCAACUGGCAUCUCGAAUUCGCAAAGGACUGCAUUCCACGUCCUUUAUGGCCCCAGGACCUCUUCCCUCAAUGGGGUGCCGACAUCAUUAUGCUUUUAAGCGAGAUCUCAUCAUUACCUGGCGCUACUCUCCCAGACUUCACAAGGAGACUAAAGGAAGUUGUAAAGAUGCGUCAACAGAAGAACAAGUCUGCGGCUGGCAGGUCGAGUCGGGCCAAAGCUGUAGAUCUGAAAGCGGUCUUGAAACAAUAUGAAAGAGACGCCGAUGAGAUGGGAGCUGGGCUAGCCAGCCCGGAGUCAGACGCGAAGGGUAGGAAAGGUGGCCGCACGACCCGGAAUACCCGUAUACAGGUGCCGAAAACACCUGUCAACAACGACGACGACGAGGAAGAGGAGGAAGAAGAAGGUUCAUCUGAACCACUCGCUGGCGGAAAAUACCAGUACCUCUCUGGCGUGCGACCCGUCAAAGUCAACCUAAAUCCUGAUGCAUCCGCCGUGAAGAAACCCACGCGGCCCAAGCCCCCACCAAGAGGCAAGAGACGGAAAGCCAACGAAGACGCAAUGCCAGAUCCUCUGGCAGUCGAACUCCCAACUUUGGUGCACCAGGACCCCGACCCCCGGGUACCGGAUGACACUGGCUUCCUCUCAGAUCUUGAAGGCAAUGAGGCGAGGGAGAAAAGCAGGAAGAGGAAGAAGCGACUAUCGAGACUUGAGCAACAGCGUAUUAGGGAACCGCACUGGCAGCUGGAUAACGAUAAUAUCACUCUUGAUGUUCCGACUCCAACGCAACCGCCCGGUAUCUCUGCUGCAGAAGACGAAGAAGAGGCUGCGACCGUACUUGACGCACACGAUGACGACGAACUGGCUGUGAACAACGCAGAAAACCCGGCACCGGAUAGUGAAACAGACGAACUGAUAGAUGCCACGGAAGAAGCCGAGAUCGAGGCCAUGAACCUACUGGCCUCUCUACCUGAACUUCCAGCGAAUGCGACGGCAACAGAGAAGCGUGAAUUAGAAGAACUGAAGUUAAGCAUGGAGCAGCGGAUAUGGCGAAUCAAGGUCCUGAGGAUAGAAGAGCGGGUCCAGAAUGAGGCGCUGGCGAAGCGCGAAACGGAAGGUGAAGAAGAGCAAAGUGGGGAUAAUGAGGAGAAUGUGGGUAGAGGUGGUAGGGUCCCGAGAAAAGAAGAGAGGGUGCGAAAUCAGGGGCGAGUCAGACGAGAAGCAAAGAGUGGGGACAGUGGUGCUGUGGAGAGCGAUACGAGUAGAGGGGGGAGGGUGUUGAGGACACGGAGGGGGAGGUAG